GAGCGCUGCUGCUCUUAGCAGAUGGAGCCAGGGGAGCUGCAGGUUAAACCCUGAUCGCCGGGUCUGUGCGAAUUCGUGCGGCAUGGAGUGUCUCUACUGCUUCCUGGGACUGCUGCUGCUGGCUGCAAGACUGCCGCCCAAUGCUGCCGAACGAUUUCAUGAUGUACUGAGCGAUGAAAGGACUUCGGGUUACAUGAGGGAGCACAACCAGUUAAAUGGUUGGUCUUCAGAUGAAAAUGACUGGGAUGAAAAACUCUAUCCGGUGUGGAAGAGAGGAGACCCGAGGUGGAAACACUCCUGGAAGGGAGGCCCCGUGCAGGCGGUUCUGACCAGCGAUUCCCCAGCCCUGGUGGGCUCAAACAUAACAUUUGUGGUGACUUUGGUAUUUCCCAGAUGCCAAAAGGAAGAUGCCAAUGGCAACAUAGUCUACGAGAAGAACUGCACACACGGCACAGGCCCAGCUCCCGACACGUAUGUUUACAACUGGACGGCGUGGGCUGAGGAUGGUGAGCGGGGAGACGGCACCGGCCGCAGACACCACGUGUUCCCCGACGGAAGGCCUUUCCCUCACCACCACGGCCGGAGGCGAUCUAACUUCAUCUACGUGUUUCACACACUCGGCCAGUACUUCCAGAAACUGGGCCGGAGUUCAGCCAGCGUCUCUAUAAACACAACCAACGUGACGGUUGGCCCUCAAUCCAUGGAAGUGACUGUCUACAGAAGAAACCGCUGGGCCUACGUGCCCGUCGCGAAGGCGAAGGAUGUGUACGUGGUAACAGAUCAGAUUCUUGUAUUUGUGAAUAUGUCCCAGAAGAACAAUCGAAAUUCAUCCGAUGAAACCUUCCUCAGGGACAUCCCCAUUAUAUUCAACGUCCUGAUUCACGAUCCCAGCCACUUCCUAAAUAAGUCUGUCAUGAACUACAAGUGGAACUUUGGGGAUAAUACUGGUCUGUUUGUUUCCGACACUCACACUUUGAAUCACACGUAUGUGCUCAACGGAACCUUCAGCCUUAACCUCACCGUGCAAGCUGCAGUGCCUGCACCUUGUCCUUCCCCUACCCCUAGACCUCCAAGGCCCACUCCUCCCUUCUCACCUGCUGGUGACAGCCCCCUGGAGCUGGGAGAGAUUCCGGAUGAAGACUGCCAGGUCAACCGGUAUGGCCACUUUAAAACCACCAUCACAAUUGUAGAGGGAAUUCUAGAGGUUAACAUCGUUGAGAUGACAGAAGUUCUGAUGCCCGUGCCACAGCCUGACGACCCCCUGAUGGAUUUUGUCGUGACCUGCGAAGGAACCACCCCCACGGAGGUCUGUACCGUCAUUUCGGACCCCACCUGCCAGACCGCCCGGGACACAGUGUGCAGCCCCGUGGAGGCGGCCGUGGGCGGCGGGUGCCUGCUGACCGUGAGACGGGCCUUCAGCGGCUCUGGGACGUACUGCGUGAACCUCACUCUGGGCGACGAUGCGAGUCUGGCCCUCACGAGCACCCUUGUCUCUGUCCUGGGUAGAAACCCAGGCUCCCCUUUAAGAAUGGCAAGUGGUGUCCUGGCCUUUGUUGGCUGCUUGGCCAUAUGUGUCACUGUGAUCGCCUUCGUGGUAUACAAAAAACACAAGGAAUACAAACCAAUAGAAACCAGUACUGGGAUCAAAGGCCAAGGCCUGCAUGGUUUCCUGGAGCAUGCAAAGGUCAAGUUCUUUCCCAGAAGCCAGGAGAAAGAUCCACUGCUCAAGGACCACGUGGGAAUUUAAAUCUUCAGCCUUAUUUCUAACCAGUAGCUCACUCUUCAGUGCCAUAUGUGUGAGCUGUGCUAGAGUAGAUCACUAUUCACUUUUUCCCCCCUAAAGAUUGCUGUAAAAUAAAUACUGUGGUUCAGGGAGGUGCAAUUUCUUUUAUAGGUUAAGGGACAUUUUAGAGAAGUGGAGAGGAAUUAUACAGCACGCAGCCUCAGCUAUGUUAUAACUGAUAAAAGCAGUCAGCGGUGCUUUCUUUCAUUAUGAUUUAUGUUUCACUUAUAAUGUCUUAACAUGAUUAGCAGUAUAGACAUACUAAAGAGUAGGGGAAGAGGUACUAUUCAUUAGAGUCUGACCUAGGUGUCCUAGAAGGAGAGGCUAGACACCUUCCAGCUUCCCAUAUAAACACAUGCAUAAAACCCAUGUCCUGUAUUCCUGUCCUUGAGAUCAUGUUCCAAGCCAACUGGACCCUAUUUCAAUGAACAUGUAUGAGCUCCAGGCGGAACAGUAACAGGCCAAGCCUCUAUUAUGAUGCGGAUGCUUGCUAUACUAAAAUAAUCAUAAUAAUCUAAUCAAUAGGUGUGAAUAUUUUUGCGGCAACCUGCCCUGCCCAGUUGUGUAAAGAAAUGGUAUCCGUCCAUUCAUUUAUCCCACGGACAUUUAGCACUUUCUGUGCAUCAGGCAUGUUGCUGCGCACAUGGCCCAGCACUCAGUGUUGAUAGUCUUGUACGUCUCAGUUUCUGUGCACGCUGGUGCAUUUAUUUGAAAUUACAUAUAAUGAUUUUCCAGAGAAGGAGACCCCUGGUUGUCCUAGUAGCUUCUCUAGUUAAAUGAUAGAGAAA